AUGACAGUGAACAACAAGUUGGAGGUGAUCAUCGUUGGCGCCGGCUUUGGCGGGCUUGGUGCCGCUAUUGAAUGUGCUCAGCGCGGCAUGAACGUUACCGUGAUUGAGAAGUAUCCUGACUCAAACAGCCAAGGCGAUAUUCUGGACUUCUUCCCGAAUGCCGGGCGAAUCAUUCAUCGAUGGGAUGAUGGCAAGAUUGGCCAGCAGAUUCACGACACUGGAUGCAGUCGCAUCCGCACCAUGGAGCUCCACAAAUUCGACGGCAAAUUCAUUGUCAACGUUCCGUGGGCAAGAGAUGACAAAGAGCACAAUAUUACAUACGCCGGUCACCGUGGCAAGAUCCACUCUAUCUUCCUAGCCUACGCGAAGACUCUUGUCAAGGACAUCAGAAUCGGCGUCGCUGUCAGUGAAUACCUGGAGGAAGAUCGUCGUGCUGGUGUGAGGCUGUCCACGGGAGAGACAUUGUGGGCCGAUUGUGUCAUAGCAGCCGACGGCCCUCGGUCCAUCGCGCGUGGACAGGUUUUGCAACUGGACGAUGAGAAGAUAGAUGGCACCAGUAGUGGAUGGGCUGUGUUCAGAAGCUUCUUCAAAACCGACGAGGCCAUGAGAAGCCAUCCGGGGUUGAAGGAUCUCUACCGCGAGGACAGGGACACUGUGAGAUUCUGGAUGUAUGACAACUUGAGCCUCAUGGCAUUUGUCUGGAAUAAGGGUCAGGAUAUUGCUUGGGUAUUGAUCCACCCGGACGAUAAAGAAUCCUCCGAAUCUUGGUCGAACAUUGCCGAAAGGGAGCAUGUAGUCAAGUGGAUGAACUACUUUCCUGGAAGGGAUGCCCAAGCGCUUCUCGAUGUGACCCCAAUUGGUAAAACUAUCGAUUUCAAACUCGUUUACCGACCCACCAUAGAUACUUGGGUCAGCAAAGGUGGCCGGACCAUUCUCAUCGGAGACGCAGCUCACGCCAACCUACCCACCGCUGGUCAAGGAGCAUCUCAGGCACUGGAGGAUGCCGUGACAGUCGCUGAGUGUCUUGAGUUGUCCAAGGGCGACGUCAAGCUGGCCUUGGAAGCUGCCCAGAGGAUUCGGUUUCAUCGUUCCAACGCAGUACACGAAAGCGGCCAGAAGAAUCGGGAUGCGUUUUACAAGAUUCCCUGGGACGACAUCGAAGCGGCCCCAGAGGAAUGGGCGCAGAGGAGGUUCCCGAAACUGAAGCCAUGGGAUCCGCUGGAUUUCACUAAGAGCAACUUUGACAAGGUGGCGAAGGAUAUCAAGAACGGAGUCAAUGGACACCUGAAGGAUGUCGCGGUGCCUCCACCCCCCGGCGGAUAUUGGUGA